UUCCAGACUCCGCCUACGCCUAGUAAGCAGCUAGCUAGCGACCAAGUCCCUCCAGUCCUGCUCAAGUCCUCCCUACUUUAUUCUUAUCCCUAUCCAAUCCCACCUACUCUCUCUCUCUCUCUCUCUCUCCCCUCUAGUAUCUUGUUCGUUUUCUGACUCUCUCACUCCUCUCAUUCACAGCCAAUUCCAAUUCUCCUUCUCCACACAUGGAACCCGUGCCACAGCAACAGCAGCAACCAGCAGGAGGGCCCCGCUUUACUCUGCUGAAGCAGUCCUCGCUGGCGCCGGACCGGGACGACUCGGUGACGCCCGAGCCGGUUGACCCGCGGGUGCGGCUCAUGUACAUGGCCAACGAGGGCGACUUGGACGCCAUUCGAGAGCUCCUCGACUCCGGCACCAAUGUCAAUUUCAGUGACAUCGACGGCCGCACCGCCCUCCACGUCGCCGCUUGCCAGGGCCAAACCGACGUCGUCAAGCUCUUGCUCCAAAGAGGCGCCGAGGUCGACCCGCGUGACUGUUGGGGCAGCACGCCUCUUGCAGAUGCAAUUUAUUACAAAAACGAUGAUGUGAUCAAACUUUUGGAGGAUUACGGUGCUAAACCUCCGAUGGCUCCAAUGCAUGUCCAGAACUCACGGGAAGUCCCCGAAUACGAGAUUAAUCCUGAUGAGCUUGAUUUCUCCAAUAGUGUCGAGAUAACCAAGGGAACCUAUCGUAUUGCAUCAUGGCGUGGAAUUCAGGUUGCAGUUAAAACGCUUGGGGAGAAAGUAUUUGCUGAUGAAGAUAAAGUGUCUCAAGUCUUUCUUUUCGGCUGGAGUUUUAAUUGGCUCAAUGGAAUCAGAAAUGCAUUCAGGGAUGAGCUUGCUCUACUUCAGAAGAUACGGCAUCCAAACGUUGUCCAAUUUUUGGGUGCUGUAACACAAAGCAGUCCAAUGAUGAUUGUCAUAGAAUAUCUAUCCAAGGGAGAUUUUCGUGCGUAUCUUAAAAGGAAAGGUGCAUUAAAACCACCAUCAGCAGUAAAGUUUUCACUCGACAUUGCUAGGGGGAUGAAUUACUUGCAUGAGCAUAAACCUGAAGCCAUAAUUCAUCGAGACCUGGAGCCCUCAAACAUAUUGCGGGAUGAUUCGGGGCAUCUGAAAGUUGCAGACUUUGGGGUGAGCAAGCUACUGAAAGUUGCAAAUACAGUUAAAGAAGACAGACCUGUGACAAGUCAAGACACUUGGAGAUAUGUGGCUCCAGAGGUUUACAGAAAUGAAGAAUAUGAUACCAAAGUGGAUGUUUUUUCGUUUGCUUUGAUCUUGCAAGAGAUGAUUGAAGGUUGCAUACCAUUUUCUACAAAGCCAGAAACGGAAGUUCCUAAAGCAUAUGUUGCAAAUGAGCGCCCACCAUUUAGAGCGCCACCAAAGCAUUAUGCACACGGAUUGAAGGAGUUAAUCGAGGAGUGUUGGCGUGAGGACCCAUUCAAGAGACCAUCAUUCAAGCAAAUAAUUAAGAGGUUGGAUGACAUUAAUAACCAGUUUGCUCGAAAAAGACGCUGGAAGGUCACGCCACUUACAUGUCUCCAGAAUCUCGAGUCCUUGUUGAAGAAAGAUCGAACAAGUCCAAGCAGCCGUUCAUCUUCCUGCUCUACAAUGAGAUGAGCAACUACAGCCGUAUUUCGUGCAGGCAUUAAGCUCUUUUUUGCCCCAAACAGUUCAAGCUUCUUUCGUCAUAGUAGUUGUGAGAUAGUUUACCUUUCAUAAGAUUUGAGUUUCUCUCUUAGGUGGACCGAGAGACGCUGUUACACCUCCCUAUUCUUGCAUAAAGCAUUUGUAGAGUUUCUCCGAACCGGAACAUUUCUUUCUUUUUUCCUUGUUAUCAACAAUCAUAAUGAAAUCUCCAUAUUCUGUUU